UGGGAAUUGGGAAAGACAUCAAAAACCAAUUAGCCAUGGCCGCCAACAAUGUUGAUCUCUGGUACAUUGAUUGGUCCUACCUCCUCAUUUUAAUCCUCUCCUCCAUAUUUGUCCGCGUUGCCCUCACCAAAUAUGGCAAAAAUUCUUCAUCUCCAUCAACCCCUCAACCUCCAAGCCCCCUCCCGUUACCCGUCAUCGGCCAUAUACAUCUCCUCGGCUCGGUUCUGCCCCGGUCCUUCCAAACCCUGGCCCGGCGCUAUGGGCCAUUCAUGCGUAUCCGCAUGGGCUCGUCCCUUACCUUUCUUGUUGGCUCGAGCCCUGACGUGGCCAGGCAGAUCCUGAAGCCAGAUGUGAAUUUCUCGUCCCGAUUCGAACUCGGUCCUGUCCAGUAUUCUAUAUACCAGCAGGGUAUGGGGUUCAUAACCAGUCCAUAUAGCCCAUACUACCGGUUCAUGAAGAAGCUCUGCACGACUAAGCUCUUUGUUGGGUCUCAGCUCAACCAAUUCAGGCACAUCCGGGAGCACGAGGUCCGGGAUUGCCUUAGGUCGGUCUCUGAGAGUUCCGUAGGGGGUGAUGCUUGCAAUCUGACUGCUAAACUUACUACGCUAAUGAACAACCUCAUCUUUCGGAUGAUUAUGGGGAGGAGGUACGAUAAGUAUGUGGAUGACGAGGUUAAACAGAUAAAGGAGCUGGUGGUGGAAAUCAUGGAGCUCGGAUCAAAGUGCGGGAUUUAUGAGGUGUUCGGCCCGCUGAAGAAGUACGACUUGUUUGGGCACGGGAAGAAGCUCCGGGCAGCAAUGGUGAGGUAUGAUGAUGUGCUGGAGAAGAUCAUCGCGGAUUAUGAGGUUGGCGAUGGUGCUUGCCGUGGCAGUGGCGAUGAUCUGAUGGAUAUUCUAUUGAAGACGUCAAGAGAUGUUGAUGCGGAAGUUAAGUUGACCAACAAUCAUAUAAAGCAAUUCAUUCUUGAAAUGCUGAUAGCAAGCAUUGACACAACCUCCGCAGCACUGCAGUGGACCAUGGCGGAGCUCAUCAACCACCAUCGGGUUUUCAUGAAGCUCCGGGAGGAGAUUGAGUCGACUGUUGGCCCCAGCCGUCUGAUGAGCGAAUCGGACUUCCCUAAUCUCCCGUACCUGCAAGCAGUGGUCAAGGAAUCGCUACGGCUCCACACCCCCACGCCGUUGAUCUUCAGGGAAUGCACCAAAGACUGCAAGAUCAACGGCUACAAAGUCAAGGCCGGGACGAAGAUCUUCCUGAACACGUAUGCGAUCAUGCGGGACCCUGAGACAUGGCAGGAUCCAGAUGAGUUCGUGCCCGAGAGGUUCUUGGUCAAUGCGGAGGGCAGUCAACUCGAUCAGGCGGAGCUUAUGAAGGGACAAGACUUCGGGUCGUACCUCCCCUUCGGUGGAGGGAGGAGAGCUUGCAUUGGCGCAAUGCACGCAUCGGCGGUGAUACAAGCAACCGUCGGAGCGUUGAUCCAGUGCUUCGAUUGGAAAAUCAAAGACGGGGACAAGGUGGACAUUACGGUCGGGUCCGGUUUCUCGGGUGCCAUGGCGCGACCUCUUGUGUGCUACCCAGUCGUACAUUCCGAUCCGUUUAAGUAGCUGAACUUGUUUCGCUUCCCUUUUCCUUGCUGGGAUUAGGAGAAAUAAUAAAUGUGUAUCCCACUAUGUUGUGCUCUUAAGUGGUCAGACCACCAGUACUGGUCACUUGUGGAAUCUACUCGUGUUUCCAGUAAAUUGAAAAAUAAUUUAGUACCGGAA